AUGAGAUCAGAUCGGGUUUUAGAUCAUCAAAUCGAAUCAAGUGGAAUGAAAACACCUAUCGAAUUACAAGGAUUUGAACAUCUCUUACCACUUUUAACUACUCCAAAUUAUAAUCUUCAAGAAAUCCAUAUAAACCAUCAAAUCGAACCAAGAAGCGAAUCAAAAGAAAAUGUAAAAGAAAAUUCAUUGAAGAGAUUAAAGAAAGACUCGUUUAGUAAUACUUCAAUAAGAUCAGAAGAAGAAGAAAAAGGAGAAAUCAGAUCAAAAGAAAUUAAAGGUUUAAAGAAUUUGAUUAUCAGAAGAGAUUUCCAAACAGAUUUAUCACCAUUAUUUGAUGUAGUUAAAAUUCCAAAUUCAUUAGGAUAUUUAAAAAAUCAAUUCGGACCAUUAAAAUCGAAUUCGAAUUGGAUCGGUCAUCAAAGAUCGGGUGAUCAAGUUUAUCCUGUUUCCAUUAAGUUUUUAGAUUUAGAUUUGAUGACUGGAAAUGGAGCUGGAUUACUUGAGAUUGAUGGAUUAACUGAGAAAUGGCCAAAGUUGAUAACUUUUUUCGAUCUUGAGAUUGUGGGUAGAGGUCAACAUGAAUUUUCGACUAAAAGAUGGGGUGCAAAUCAUGAAUCUGAUGAAUCACAUUGGUCCAAGUUUGCUUAUUAUCAUCAAAUUAAACAUCAAACUUCAUGUUUAAAAUCGAAUGAUAAAGUCUUAUUUAUGAGAUGGAAAGAGAGAUUCUUAGAUGGAAAUCCUAAAGGUAAAGAAAUCGAAGGUGCGAGUUUUGCUGGUUUUUAUUAUGCUUGUCUCGAUUUAUCUGAUCAAGAUCAUGAAAAUUUAGUAAAGAAAUCGAAUUUGAAUUUAUCAUUUAAAUCAUCACAUUCUAAUUCGAAUUCCAAGACUUCAUUUCGUAAAACCAAUCAAAGAAUUUCAACUGAACCAUUACCAUCACCAUUACCAUUACCCAAAACUCAAUUCAAUUUAGAUUGGUCAAAUGCCAAAAUUAAAGCUUUUUAUUAUCAUGCAAAAAGUGAACCUUAUCAAGAAUUAAACUUGAGAUUAGAAAACUCUAAGAGUUCUUUACUUAAAUCUUCUGCUACUUAUCAAUUUUGUUGA